AAAUAUAAAGCAAUCAAUUACAAACAAUACGUGUUAAGUAGAGUGCGCUACUUACAUUGACGACCGCUUAAUUUGGCCAUAUAAACAAGUUCGAUUCAAUGUUUACGGCUGAAUAGAAUGUUUUAAUUCCAAUUUUAAAUGACGAUAGUGGUCGUCUUGUAUGAAGUACGCUCGUAGCGGCGCGGGAAUAGUCGCUCGUCAAUAUUCGGGCGGGAAGACGUUCCAUUUUAGUUUUUUUUUCUUAUUAUUUAUUUAGCAUUUUUAAGUGGCUGUGAGUGUCGUGAUGUGUGGUUUUUUUUAAAAUUUAUACAUAAAGUUUUGAUGUUAACAAUUGCUUUUUUAAUAAGUGUUACGUUCUUCUGUUUUUAUUUGACUAAGUUUUUAUUUAAACGUCGUUCCGAAAAGGAACCUAAGAAAGGUGUCAUAAUGGCAGACCAGCAGGAAGGGCAGGAGCAGGUUCGCUGCUCGUCAAGUGAGAGCGAUAACUUUGAGAAAAUUGAUUCCGAUGAAGUGGACUCCCAGACCAACUUCACCGUGGGCGACUCCCCCGACGCGGACGACGAUGACUCCGGGCCCUCGCACGAGGGAGGCGACUCGUUCCCCAACGCGCCCCCGCCGAACAUCCGCCGCGUGCUGACGCAGGCCCAGCAGCUGGCGUUGGCGGAGAAGAGGAGCACUUUGAGGCCGUCCAUGUCCCAGGGCACGGUGGUGCACAGCCAGCGGUUCCAAGAGAAAGACUUCCAGGUGGCCACCCCGGAGGAGUUCGUGAGGCGGUUCCAGGGCACCAAGCAUAUUAACAAGGUGCUGAUAGCGAACAACGGCAUCGGCGCGGUAAAAUGCAUGCGCUCCAUCCGCCGCUGGUCCUACGAGAUGUUCAAGAACGAGCGCGCCGUGCGGUUCGUUGUUAUGGUGACUCCGGAGGACCUGAAAGCCAACGCCGAGUACAUAAAGAUGGCAGACCACUACGUGCCGGUGCCUGGAGGGUCCAACAACAACAACUACGCGAAUGUGGAGCUUAUUGUGGACAUCGCCGUCAGGACUCAAGUGCAGGCUGUCUGGGCCGGCUGGGGCCACGCCUCCGAGAACCCCAAGCUACCUGAACUACUCCACCGCGCCGGGGUCGUGUUCAUAGGACCCCCGGAGAAGGCCAUGUGGGCGCUCGGGGACAAGAUCGCCAGCUCCAUAGUGGCACAGACUGCUGAUAUACCGACGCUACCUUGGAGUGGGAGCGAGCUGAAGGCGGAGUACAACAGCAAGAAGAUCAAGAUCUCGUCGGAGCUGUUCGCGAAGGGCUGCGUCACCACGCCCGAGGAGGGGCUCGCCGCCGCGCAGAAAAUUGGGUUCCCUGUGAUGAUCAAGGCGUCAGAGGGUGGCGGCGGCAAGGGCAUCCGUAAAGUGGACAACCCUGACGACUUCAGCAGCAUGUUUAGACAGGUGCAAAGCGAGGUGCCCGGGUCCCCCAUAUUCGUGAUGAAGCUCGCCAAGUCGGCUCGUCACUUGGAGGUGCAGCUGUUGGCUGAUCAGUACGGUAACGCGAUAUCGCUGUUCGGGCGCGACUGCUCGAUCCAGCGCCGGCACCAGAAGAUCAUCGAGGAGGCGCCCGCCACCAUCGCCAAGCCCGACGUCUUCAUUGAGAUGGAGAAGGCGGCGGUCCGUCUAGCCAAGAUGGUGGGCUACGUGUCAGCCGGCACCGUCGAGUACCUCUACUCGCCAGAGACGAACAGCUACUACUUCCUGGAGCUGAACCCUCGCCUGCAGGUGGAGCACCCUUGCACGGAGAUGGUGGCCGAUGUGAACCUGCCGGCCGCGCAGCUGCAGAUCGCCAUGGGCCUGCCCCUCUACCACAUCAAAGACAUCCGUCUCCUGUACGGAGAGUCCCCGUGGGGCACCAGCUGCAUCGACCUGGACACGCCCGCGCAGCGCCCCUCGCCGUGGGGGCACGUCAUCGCGGCCCGGAUCACCUCCGAGAACCCGGACGAAGGUUUCAAGCCGUCAUCAGGCACAGUGCAAGAGCUGAACUUCCGUUCGUCCAAGAACGUGUGGGGUUACUUCAGCGUGGCGGCGUCGGGCGGACUGCACGAGUUCGCCGACUCGCAGUUCGGACACUGCUUCUCGUGGGGCGAGACCCGGGAGCAGGCUAGAGAAAACCUAGUAAUAGCUCUCAAGGAGCUCAGCAUCCGUGGAGACUUCCGAACCACCGUGGAGUACCUGAUCACGCUGCUGGAGACUCCCUCGUUCCAGAACAACGACAUCGACACCAGCUGGCUGGACGCGCUCAUUGCCGAGAGGGUUCAAUCGGAGAAACCAGACAUAAUGCUAGGCGUCGUAUGUGGCUCCAUCCUGAUCGCGGACAACAUCAUCACCUCCAACUUCCACGAGUUCAAGAGCGCGCUGGAGAAGGGGCAGAUCCAAGGCUCCUCAGCGCUCUCCAACUCAGUAGAAGUCGAGCUUAUCAACGGAGGCCACAAGUACAAGGUGCAAGCGACCAAGUCCGGCCCGACGUCGUACUUUGUGUCCAUGAACGGGAGUUUUAAGGAGUUGGAAGCGCAUAAGCUGACUGAUGGCGGCACCCUGCUCUCAGUGGACGGCGCGUCCUACACCACCUACCUUAAAGACGAAGUCGACAAAUACCGCAUCGUGAUCGGGAAUCAAACCGUGGUCUUCGACAAGGAGAAGGACCCGAGCAAGCUGCGCGCGCCCUCCGCCGGCAAGCUUGUCAACUUGUUGUUGGAUGAUAAGGGACAUGUGGAUAAGGGACAGCCUUAUGCGGAGAUCGAGGUAAUGAAGAUGGUGAUGACCCUCUCAGCUCCUGAAGCCGGUAUUGUGACGUGGACCCUGAGGCCUGGUGCUGUGCUGGACCCGGGCUCGCUUAUUGGUACCCUGGAACUGGACGACCCAUCUCUGGUGACCACAGCUCAACUAUACAAGGGCCAGUUCCCGAUAGAGGACAACCAGAUGCUGUCCGACAAGCUCAACUACCAGCACACCAAGUUCAAACAGAUAUUGGAGAGCACGCUCGGAGGCUACUGCCUCCCCGACCCGUACAACGCGCCGCGUUUACGAGAGAUCGUGGAGAAGUUCAUGCAGAGCCUGCGCGACCCCUCGCUGCCACUGCUGGAGCUACAGGAGGUCCUUUCCUCAGCGUCAGGCCGCAUCCCGAUCUCCGUGGAGAAGAAAGUACGCAAGUUGAUGGCGCUAUACGAGAGGAACAUCACCUCCGUGCUAGCACAGUUCCCCAGCCAGCAGAUAGCCAGCGUUAUUGACCACCACGCGGCAUCUCUACCCAAACGAGCCGAUCGUGACCAGUUCUUCAUGAGCACACAGGCUCUAGUCGUCCUUGUGCAGAGAUAUAGGAACGGCAUCCGUGGUCGCAUGAAGGCGGCGGUGCACGAUCUGUUGAAGCAGUACUACCAGGUGGAGAGCAACUUCCAAAUGGGUUCAUACGACAAGUGCGUGCAAGCGCUCCGUGACAAGUACAAGGACAACAUGCAGGAUGUGGUCAACAUCAUCUUCUCACACAACCAGGUGGCCAAGAAGAAUGUGCUGGUGACCCUCCUCAUAGACCACCUGUGGUCCAACGAGCCAGGUCUAACAGACGAAUUGGCCCACACGCUGAACGAGUUGACCUCGCUUCACCGCGCUGAGCAGAGCCGAGUCGCGCUCCGGGCGAGACAGGUCUUGAUAGCAGCCCACCAGCCAGCCUACGAGCUGCGCCAUAACCAGAUGGAGUCCAUCUUCCUGUCCGCGGUGGACAUGUACGGACACGACUUCCAUCCGGAGAACCUGCAGAAGCUGAUCCUGUCCGAGACCUCCAUCUUCGACAUACUGCACGACUUUUUCUACCACACUAACGCGGCGGUAUGCAACGCAGCCCUCGAGGUCUACGUGCGCCGCGCCUACACCUCGUACGACAUCACCACGCUCCAACACCUGGCGUUAUCAGGGGAGCUGGGGAUCGUUCACUUCCAGUUCAUACUGCCUACCGGACACCCCAACAGGAUCCCGAUCAACCAAUCGGAGAUCGAGUUGGCGUCGGCCGAGGACCAGGAGGGCGUGCCGGCCGAGCUGUCCACUGCCGCCAUGAGGAAGUGUCAUCACAGGACCGGUGUGCUAGCUGCCUUUGAGUCUUUCGAGCAGUUCGCGCAGUACGCCGACGAGUUGCUCGACCUGGUCCACGACUUCGCGAGCUCCGCUACUGUUAGGAAGGAGGACCUCCAAGCGCUACAGGAUGGCAGCGAGAACCGCGACAGCACCAGCCUGAGCAUGGGAGACUUCAAGCCCAGUACUGAAGCUGAUGAUGUGCCGCUGGAACCCAUCCACAUAGUGAUGGUGGGCGUGGGGUCCACGAGCGACGGCAACGACAGCGCGCUCGCGCGGCGCUUCGGAGCGUUCUGUCGAGCUCAUAGGGCGGAGUUACACAGGAGACGGAUUAGGAGGAUUACUUUUAUGUCUCUUGUUAAGCGUCAAUUCCCCAAGUUCUUCACCUUCCGAGCCCGAAACGACUUCACCGAAGACACGAUCUACCGGCACCUGGAACCAGCCUCCGCCUUCCAGCUGGAGCUGUUCCGCAUGAGGACCUACGACCUGGAGGCGCUGCCCACCAGCAACCAGAAGAUGCACCUGUACUUGGGCAAGGCUAAGGCGAAGAAGGGCCAAGAGGUGAAGGACUACCGCUUCUUCAUCCGCUCCAUCAUCCGGCACCAGGACCUCAUCACCAAGGAGGCCUCCUUCGAGUACCUGCAGAACGAGGGCGAGAGGGUGCUUCUAGAGGCGCUGGACGAGCUGGAAGUGGCUACUUUCAGCCGUAAGACCGACUGCAACCACAUCUUCCUCAACUUCGGGCCCACCGUCAUUAUGGACCCGGCCAAGAUCGCGGAGUCGGUGGUGAGCAUCGUGCUUCGCUACGGAGCUCGUCUGUUCAAGCUGAGGGUUCUGCAGGCGGAAAUACGGUUCACCAUCCGGAUCGGUCCCGGUGCACCCACAAAGAACAUCCGUCUCUGUCUCGCCAACGACUCGAGCUACUCUCUCGACGUCUACACGUAUGAGGAGGUCACCGACUCCAGGACUGGCGUGAUAAUGUUCCAAGCGUACGGCCCCAAGAAGGGCCCGAUGCACGGGCUGCCCAUCUCCACGCCCUACGUCACCAAGGACUACCUGCAACACAAGAGGUCUUUGGCGACGUCGCAAGGCACGACGUACGUGUACGACAUGCCGGACAUGUUCCGACAGAUGGUGGAGCGGCGCUGGCGCGAGUGCAUCGAACAAGGCACAGUGGACGGGCCGGCGCCAGAGAAUGUUCUAAGCAGCGUGGAGCUGGUCGCGGAGACAGACGGGGAGCGCCGCAUGUUCGAGGUCACCCGCCUGCCCGGCCAGAACACUGUGGGCAUGGUGGCAUGGCGCAUCACCAUGUACACGCCAGAAUGCCCCGACGGCCGAGACAUCGUGUUGAUAGCCAACGACCUGACCCACUACAUGGGGUCUUUUGGGCCUCAAGAAGACUGGUUGUAUUAUAGAGCGAGCCAGUACGCACGGGAGAGGAAGAUUCCUAGGAUCUACAUAAGCGUGAACUCGGGCGCCCGCAUCGGAGUCGCCGAAGAGGUGAAGAGCGAGUUCCAGGUGGCGUGGCUCGACCCGGCGCGCCCCGAGCGAGGCUUCAAGUACAUCUACCUGAGCCCCGAGGCAUACAGUCAGCUGUCCCCGAUGGGUUCUGUGAAGGCGGAGCUCAUCGAAGACGAGGGGGAGGCUCGCUACAAGAUCACCGACAUUAUUGGUAAAGAAGACGGCCUCGGCGUAGAAUGCCUGCGCGACGCCGGUCUCAUAGCCGGAGAGACAGCACAAGCCUAUGAGGACAUCGUCACGAUAUCGAUAGUUACUUGUCGCGCCAUCGGUAUCGGCUCUUAUGUUGUACGCCUCGGCCAUCGCGUGGUACAAGUGGAAUCCUCAUACAUCAUCCUGACAGGACACGCGGCUCUCAACAAGGUGCUAGGAAGAGCUGUGUACGCGAGCAACAACCAACUGGGUGGUGUACAGGUGAUGCACAACAACGGCGUGACGCACGCGGUGGCCACCACGGACCUGGACGCCGUCAGGACCGUCGUCAACUGGCUGCAGUUCGUGCCCAAGGACAAACUCUCAAUGGUGCCCAUAAUGCGAAGCGCGGACCCCAUCUCCCGUCCAGUAGAGUGGGUCCCCCCCCGCGCCCCCCACGACCCCCGCCUCAUGCUGACCGGGGAGCCCGGAAGGCCCGGGUUUGUGGACGCCGGCUCGUUCGACGAGAUCAUGAAGCCGUGGGCGCAGACUGUGAUUGCCGGUCGCGCGCGCCUCGGAGGCAUCCCCAUCGGCAUAAUAGCCGUAGAAACACGUACCGUGGAGCUGACGCAGCCGGCCGACCCCGCCAACCUGGACUCCGAGUGCAAGACCGUGCAGCAGGCUGGCCAGGUGUGGUUCCCGGACUCCGCCUACAAGACGUCGGAGGCCAUCAACGACUUCUCGCGCGAGGGGCUGCCCAUCAUCAUCUUCGCCAACUGGCGAGGCUUCAGCGGGGGGCAGAAGGACAUGUACGAACAAAUCCUCAAGUUCGGCGCGGAAAUAGUCCGUUCUCUCCGCGGCGCGCGCGCCCCCGUGUUAGUCUACAUACCCCCCGGCGCCGAGCUCAGAGGGGGGGCCUGGGCCGUGGUGGACCCCUCCGUGCAUAGUGCAAGGAUGGAGAUGUAUGCCGAUAAUGAUGCCAGAGGCGGAGUCCUGGAGCCGGAAGCCAUCGUGGUGGUGAAGUACAAGGAGAAGGACCUGCUGAAGACGAUGCACCGAAUGGACCAGGAGCUGAUGCGGCUCAGCGCCAGGAUCACCGAACUCAAGGAGCAAAUGAAGGUUAUCUCCAAGAACUUGGACCGAAGAGGGUCCAUUGACGACGUACUCAUCAAGACCGACGUCGGCAAACAAGCGGAGGCGAAAAUACGUGAGCUGGAAGCGGAACUCCUGGCUGCAGAGACUGCCAGGAAGACCAGGGAGAAGGAGCUCAGCCCCAUCUACAGAGAGGUGGCGGUCCACUUCGCUGAGCUACACGACACGGCCGAAAGAAUGUUGGAAAAGGGCUGCAUAUUCGACAUAAUCCCAUGGCGAGAGUCCCGCCGCCUCCUCCACUGGAGGCUCAAACGCCUUCUCCUCCAGAACGAGCAAGAGAGACUGGUGCAACGCACGCACGAGCCCGCCGGCAUGGACCAGGGCGCCGCCGCCGCCACGCUGCGCCGCUGGUUCACCGAGGACAUGGGCGAGACACAGUCGCACCAAUGGGAGCACGACAACGAGGCGGUCUGCGAUUGGCUGACGCGCGCCGCCGCCGACGAGGCGUCCGUGCUGAACCGCAACCUGCGCGCCAUCCGGGCUGACCACGUGCUGAAUACUGUCAACGAAUUGGUCAUGGAACUGACGCCGUCCCAGAGAAGCGAAUUUAUAAGGAAACUAUCAGCUCUCGACAUGUAACACACAGACAACUAGUUACAUAGAUACUACAUAAUGCGAGAAAAUAUACCAACUCUAUGUACAUCAGAGUUGUAUUUAUUUUUCAUAGAACCAAAAAAAAUAUGGGAAUUAUUUUCUGAAUAAUCGUAGAUCGAAUCACUAUUUAUUGGAUAAAAUUGUUAUGCAAUAAGUGAGUAUAUAAAUAAACUGUGCCUCGAGUGCGAGUUUUUUUACCUAUCGGGAAGUGAAAUCGAAAAUGUAUGGCGCGGAGCUAGUACAGCUACUUACCGCUAGGCGACGUGUCUCCCGCGCCAUACAAAUUUGCGUUUCGAUUUCACUUCUCGAUAGGUGAAAAAACUCGCACUCGAGGCCCUGUAAUCGAGAAUAUGAAACAGAAAAAUGAGCCGAUAGUUUAAACUUUUAAACUGUAUUUCAGUUAAAAUAUAUUGUUUUUCGAAUCGGUUUGUAAAAGGUUCUAAGAUAUCUGAAUAUCUUUAGAUUGUCCUACAUUUACUAAAAAGGUACCACAUACUAUUGUAUAGAUUUCUGUAAACGUACAAAACCUGUUGUAAAUUAAAACAUUCCUCAAUAUAUAGCUUCUGGGCAUGGAUAUGUACCUAUAUUUAUUUAGUAUAUAGCGAAUACCUUAGUUAAUAGCUUGCACCGGUCAUUAGAAAUACUGUUAUAUACUUAUUAUGUAGUAAAUAUGUGGGUUUAAUCUCAUGGCCGGUGCGGGUCGAAUAAUUAUUUAUUUAUAAUUUUUGGGGUCCACUGUAGUUAGGCUAUAUUAUAUUUUUAAUUAAAAACAUAAUUAUGUCACAAAAUGUAGCCAUUUUAACAUUAAAAGUCAGAUCUUUCGAUUUUCUUAUUUAUAUCAACGAAUAUGAAUUUAUGGGAGAGCCUUUUGUACAAUGAUGUCAUUUUAUUAUCAUUAUCAGUCCCGAAAUCAAUAUAAAUAUACCGUAGUUUGAAGUGACUACGAUGUUGGUAUGACAAAAUUGUAAUAAUAAGGACACUUGAUGAGUUUAUGUUGAUGAAAAUAGUUUCAUUUUAUUCAGUUAUUUAAAAAGCAAUGAGUGAUAAUGCAGGGUCUCGUAUAUCUGAAACAGUGUGGUUUGGGGAUAUGUUUGUAAAAAAGGGCAUUUUUUAUUAGUCUCAAAGACAAAAAAAACAUAUUAAUUAUUAUUUUAUUUUUAUAUUCGAAAUGCACAUACCAUGGCUCGCUUGAAUACUCCUUAUGUUUAUUUAGUAAUGAAUUUGCCAAAACUAUUUGUAUACUGCCUUUACGAAUAUUAAGUAUGUUUUCAUAAUGAGUUCCAUUUUAUUGUCAUGACAGAGUUUGCAAUGUCGGGUUUAGUUAAUGUAUUUAAUUAUUGCUCAAAUGUUGAUUUGUUUUUAUAAUUCUUAGGCCAUGCGUGUAUUUUUUAUUUAAAACAUGUCAUCCGACAAAUCUGAAAGAGGUUUUUCGGAUGGAACACAUCAAUGUCUAGAUUUUAUAAAAGAAUUACAUCCUAUGUCAAGAAUGCCGUUUUAAACCUAGCUCGAGUGGCUAACAUACUUUAGAAAGUAUAGCACAAAUGGUGCACUUCAAAAUCGACAUUUCUGACAAUGAACUCAACCAAAGUUUUAUCGUUUUUAUCUACUCUGUAUGUAUGUACAAUAGAACAGUAAAGUUGUAGCGAAUGUUAGUAAAAAUGGUUAAAAUGUGGUUUAUAAAGUAUGCUUGUAAUAAUGGUGUCUGUUGAUUUUUUAAUUAUUUAUUUUGUUUAAAAAUUAUGGAAAUAAACUGGCUGUUAAAAUA